AUCAGUUAUGUUUAUCUUAUUUUGCUUUUAAUGACAUAUCUAGACCUGUAAAUCAAUAAAACUAUAAACGAUAACUCUGUCACACACAUUAUAUUUAUAUGUAGAGUAUAGAUCCACUUAGCUCUGACAUUUUUUUUUUAUAGAAUAAAGUCCUAUGUCAAGUGUCGUAGAUGAGUUCACAUGCCAGAGGUACACCUGUUAUACACUCCCCCGAGGGUUCACCUACAGAGAGAACAAGUCUGAUGAGUAACUAUAACAUUGAAGAGGCUACCAGGGGUGGUGAAGAGCCGCCACCUAGAACACAAGCCAUCAGAAAUGUACCAGAGACAGCUGUUGUCCAGCCUAGUGAGAACGCAGCGAAUCAGGGGUCAGGUCAAAGAGCAAGACAAGCUCCAAGAUCUCAGAGGUCAUCGGAUGAAGAGGAGGAGAGUCUGUUAUAUGGAGCCAAGCAUGUGAUCAUGUUGUUUGUUCCCGUCACUCUGUGCAUGAUGGUCGUUGUGGCCACAAUUAGAUCUGUCACAUACUACACUGACAAGGGAGUUUAUCUAAUUUAUACACCUUUUCAUGACAAAACGGACGACACUGGCACAAAAUUGUGGCAGACCUUGGCCAAUGCUAUGAUCAUGUUAGGUGGUAUAGUGGUGAUGACGAUUGCAUUGUUACUUCUUUACAAAUACAAGUGCUAUAAGUUUAUCAAUGGAUGGCUUGUAGUCUCUUCAGUCAUGUUGUUAUUUUUCUUCUCAUAUAUCUAUAUUGAACAGAUACUACGUGCCUAUAAUGCAGCAAUGGAUUAUAUUACAGUAGCUAUCAUUAUGUGGAACUUUGGAGUAGGCGGAAUGUUCUGCAUCCAUUGGAAGGGACCGCUGCUCUUACAGCAAGCUUAUCUUAUCAUGAUCAGUGCUCUGGUGGCGCUGAUGUUUAUUAAAUUCCUGCCAGAUUGGACUACAUGGGCUGUACUAGCUGUGAUGGUUGUCUGGGAUUUAGUCGCAGUACUCUGUCCUAAAGGACCUCUUAGGAUGCUGGUAGAAACAGCUCAGAGCAGAAAUGAACCAAUCUUUCCAGCACUUAUUUAUUCCUCUACUAUGGUUUGGUUGAUAACUAUGGCUGAUGAUCCAGAAAAUGCCAGGAAACAAGAAUCUCAUGUACCAAACAGUUCUACUGGUGCAACACCAAACCUUGAGGACAGUGAAGAUGAGGAUGAUGGGGGAUUUAAAGAACAUAUUGCUAAUGGCAUGAACAGGAAUUCACAGUUUUCAAACAGCAUGGACACGCAGAUUGCUCGCCGAGCUGUAGAAGCAUUAGGAGAAAUGUCAACAGUAGAAGAUCCAGAAGUGCAGCGACAAUAUAGCCCUAGCUUGGAUGCUGGCUCCAGUACAGACCCAGACCCUAUAGUGGCGAAGCCAAAGAAAAAAGGGAAAAAGAGGAAGCCUGUACCACCGCCAAAUACCACUCCAACUUCUGACACCAGAGACAAUAGCACAGAAAAUACUGAGAGUGAUGAAGAAAGAGGAGUCAAGCUAGGUCUUGGAGAUUUUAUUUUUUAUGGAGUACUUGUUGGGAAAGCUUCAUCCAACGGGGAUUGGAACACAACUCUUGCAUGUUUUGUGGCAAUUUUAAUAGGUUUAUGUUGUACAUUGCUACUGUUAGCCAUAUUCAGAAAGGCCUUGCCAGCUCUUCCCAUCUCUCUUACCUUUGGUUUGGUCUUCAACUUUGCAACAGCAGAACUAGUGAAGCCUUUCAUGGACAAACUAGCCAGUGAACAAGUUUACAUUUGAUUGCAACAGAAGGCUUUAGAGACGACUAGAAUGCUUUCAGUUCACAACUAAGUAGCUUGAAAGUUGACUCCCCUUUCUUGUAAUUCCAAUGGUAAUAUUUAUAUUUUGGGUUGUCCAUUUCAAUUAGAUUGAAAAAUGUGAGAGGAAAGCUAUAAAUCAUUGCAUCUAUGAGAAUCACUCGAUAAAUUAAUUACCAUCAACCUUUUUGUAUGUUGCAAUUAGAAAAUUGAUAUUAAUUUGAUACACUUUUUUUUUUUUCUGCUAUGUAUAUGAUUUUAAGCUGUGUUCUGUUUUUAAGCAUUGUAAAUAUCUCUUGGAAAUUGUAAUUUAAUGGUCUAAAAUAUUUUAUUUUCAAUUAGAAAAAGCAAUGAAUAAAAGUGUCCAGCUUGUCAGAAUAUUUUCUGUUGAGUGUAAGGUUUUACAUUCUAAGGUGUUAGUUUUUUUCCAGCUGUACUGAUCAUUUUUAAUUUGUUUUCAGAAAUGUUUGUAAGCUUAAAAUGAUUUUCCUUAAUUUCAUUGGCUUUCCUACACAAAUGAUGUUAGAAAACAACACUGCUAUUGAUCUAUUGUGCUUGUUCAAGUUUUUAUCUGUUGCUGCUCUGCAUAGCAGUAGGAAAUAUGUAAGACUUAAGUUUUAAUCUCUACAGUUACUUGGUAAUGUCUUUGAAAAGUUUCUCUAAU